GUGUAUAAAUACUGCUGACAGCCUCAUGUGCGCCAUUACCUCUUACAUCGACCCCUUAACUGUCGACUUGUAAGACGCCUGGCUGAGAAGACUCGUCCCUCCUCUUUUAGAACUUCAACAAAGAAACAAUGCGUGAGUGCAUCUCCAUCCAUGUAGGUCAGGCUGGUGUCCAGAUUGGCAACGCCUGCUGGGAGCUCUACUGUCUGGAGCAUGGAAUCCAGCCGGACGGGCAGAUGCCCAGUGACAAGAGCAUUGGAGGUGGAGAUGACUCCUUCAACACAUUCUUCAGUGAGACUGGAGCUGGGAAGCACGUCCCCAGAGCAGUUUUCGUAGACUUGGAGCCUACUGUCAUUGAUGAGGUGCGUACUGGAACCUACCGCCAGCUGUUCCACCCUGAGCAGCUGAUCACUGGUAAGGAGGAUGCUGCCAACAACUAUGCUCGUGGACACUACACCAUUGGCAAAGAGAUCAUCGACCUGGUUUUGGACAGGAUCCGCAAACUGGCGGACCAGUGCACUGGUCUUCAGGGCUUCCUGGUCUUCCACAGCUUUGGUGGAGGUACCGGCUCUGGUUUCACCUCCCUGCUGAUGGAGCGUCUGUCUGUGGACUACGGCAAGAAGUCCAAGCUGGAGUUCUCCAUCUACCCAGCUCCCCAGGUGUCCACUGCUGUGGUGGAGCCCUACAACUCCAUCCUGACCACCCACACCACCUUGGAGCACUCUGACUGUGCCUUCAUGGUGGACAAUGAGGCUAUCUACGACAUCUGCCGUAGAAACCUAGACAUCGAGCGUCCCACCUACACCAACCUGAACAGGUUGAUCGGUCAGAUUGUGUCCUCCAUUACUGCGUCUCUCCGCUUUGAUGGUGCCCUGAAUGUUGAUCUGACAGAGUUCCAGACCAACCUGGUGCCGUAUCCCCGUAUCCACUUCCCUCUGGCUACCUAUGCUCCUGUCAUCUCAGCUGAGAAGGCUUACCACGAGCAGCUUUCAGUUGCUGAGAUCACCAACGCCUGCUUCGAGCCAGCCAAUCAGAUGGUCAAAUGUGACCCCCGCCACGGCAAGUACAUGGCCUGCUGCCUUCUGUACCGUGGUGAUGUGGUGCCCAAAGAUGUCAAUGCUGCCAUCGCCACCAUCAAAACCAAACGCACCAUCCAGUUUGUGGACUGGUGUCCAACUGGUUUCAAGGUUGGCAUCAACUACCAGCCUCCCACUGUGGUUCCUGGUGGAGAUCUGGCCAAGGUCCAGAGGGCUGUUUGCAUGCUGAGCAACACCACUGCUAUUGCAGAGGCCUGGGCUCGGCUGGACCACAAGUUUGAUCUGAUGUACGCUAAGCGUGCUUUUGUGCACUGGUAUGUUGGUGAGGGGAUGGAGGAGGGAGAGUUCUCUGAGGCCAGGGAGGACAUGGCAGCUCUAGAGAAGGAUUACGAGGAGGUUGGAGUCGACUCCAUUGAGGGUGAGGGAGAGGAGGAGGGAGAGGAGUACUAAAGGGAACAUAGAGAAAUUGGUUCAACAUGAAAUAAUUGAUAGCAAUGAUUUAUUGAAUGCAUUCAAAAAAUUGUUCUUCAAUUCAAAUCUUUGGUUGGCUGGUGAUGAUUAAAACUCCUGAACCCAUCAAAAUGUUUUUUGUUGUAAUGAUUUGUGCAGAGGAGAGGGGAAACAGUCCAUUCAUUCCAUUACAUUGUUCACAAUAAAACCUCUGUGAAGUUGUUUGUCCCUUUUUCCAACAUCGUUAAUAUUUUCCCAUAACAGAAAUUGGUUCAACAUGAAAUAAUUUAUUUUAUGGAAGUCUGGUUCUUCAACGAUGAUUAAAAAAAUGAGCAUUAGAUUUUAUUUUUGUUUUUACCAGAGUAGCAGGAAUGGGCUUCUAUAGAUUACAGUUCUUUAAUGCAUUCCAAAAAAGUUCUUAUAUUUGAGGUGUUAUUAAAAUGGUUACACCUCAGUAAUUCCAAGUAUUUUGUUCAAAACGAUGCAUUUUGAAGAUUCCUUUGAAUUAAAACUUGGAAACACUAAAACUGAGAAAUGUUCAAGAUUGAGUUUUAAAUAUGAGCUUGGAUUGUUGGUGAAAGGUUUGUCCAGAAUAAAAUCUCUGAAGUGAA